AUGGCCACCUUUCAAAAUCAUCUCUUACACAUGCAUCUUCAAUUCUUGAUGCUUCAGUUCAUACCAAACCUCCCUCUUUGUUAGCCGUAUAGUGUGCACUUUACAAGCCAACAAAAACAGGUGCACUUUAUAAGAGGGCCACACGCAUUAAGGAUAAUGAAAACAGGUGGAAUUUACAAGCCAAUAUUUAUACAAGGCAAACCCCCUCAACCCACCUUCUUCUCCUCCUCAUUCUCAUGGCUAAUACUGAUAGUAAUUCGAGCUCCAAAACAUUCAAUCAAGAAUCCGAAGAAAGAACAACUAUCCAGUACAAAGAGUGCUGGCGUAACCAUGCAGUCUUGAUUGGCGGCUAUGCAGCAGACGGUUGCGGAGAAUUCAUUCCAAAAGGUGGUCAAGCUCUUCUUGGCAGCCACCAUAUUCCUACUCCCCUGGGGUGGAGAAAGAGGGACGUUCAUGGGUCUUAUCCAUUUCCAUCAGCACUUUCACAGCCUUCAUUUUCUCCUGGUCACCAUCAUUACCAUUACUCGCAGAAGAAAAUGCAGGAUAUGGUCAGCGAUGAAGAGUCUGUCUUUUAUAGUGGAAGCCAGGGGGAGAUGGAGAUGAAGGCGAGCAAGAGGACUAAGAGAGAAACCUUGUAAUAGCAAACAAGAAAGAAAUGGGAGGUUCACCAAAUCAGAGGUAAAUUACCUUUUUUUGUUCACCGUUGUUAAAGGGAAGGGUAUAAGCAAUGACAAGUAUAGUUUGACGGUAGGUAUAUGGUUGUGUUUUGUUAUACAUGUUCGUAUUACUUUCUUUGUUGAAAAAUAGUCUUUUCUACCCUUUAUGAGAGUGACAUUUAAAAAAAGAAUAAACACACACACAUACACCCAAUAAA